CUUUCGGUUUCCCCUUGGACGUACGCAUCACGCGCUUACGUGUUCCCGUGGCAAUUUUGCCACGACGCCAUUGAAGUAUGUCGCGUUUCUUCAUUCUGCUUUCUCAUCUGACUUUCCCAUUGUCUUCCUUCUUAUCGAACCCACUUUGACCUUUACUCUUCCCUAUUGAUCUCUGAACUGCUUCUAGAACAGAACCAGAGAAAAAAUAGCUCAGAAACACUGAAUCUUUUGUAUUCCUUUUGAUUUGAGAUUUCGGUUUUGCUUUUCCAUCAAGAAAUGAACCAGUUUUUAUUCUUUUUUCUAAUCUUCUUCUUUUUCUUUUCUUUGUUUGCGAAACUUUCUCUUUCUGAUCCAAGAGCUACAGAGGCAGCUUUAGUAUGCACGAACAGAACUGCUUCAACAACAGAGCGCCAAACCUUUAUAUCAAACUACUUAGCUGUCAUGGACGCCGUUACCCCACUCAUCGUUCAGCAGAGGUUCGCUGCUGUUGUAAACGGAACUGGUGACACCAAAGUGUUCGGAUAUGGCGAGUGCAUGAAAGAUCUUGAUCAAAGCGACUGUAACGUCUGCUUUGCUCAAUGCAAAACACAAAUCUUGAGAUGUCUGCCAUUUCAGUUAGUCACACGUGGAGGCAGGCUUUUCUAUGAUGGUUGUUAUUUAAGGUACGAUGAUUAUAAUUUCUUUAGUGAAAGUUUGAGUGAAGGAGACCGGACUGUUUGUAACACAUCGGAUGUUGCUUCAAGUAACCAGACAGUUUUUAGAGAUUAUGUGUUGCAGUUGGUGAGGAAUUUGAGUGUGGAAGCUCCAAAGAAUGAUGGGUUCUUUGUGGGGUCUGUGAGUAGAGGGAAUGUGUCGGUUUAUGGAUUGGCUCAGUGUUGGGAAUUGGUGAAUAAGAGUGCUUGUGAAUCUUGCUUGGCCAAUGCGGUUUCUAGGAUUAGAUCAUGUCUUCCUAAGGAAGAAGGGAGGGCGUUGAAUGCUGGUUGUUACUUGAGGUAUUCAACGGAGAAGUUUUAUUACAAUUCAACUGCUCCUCCAGUUAUUGGGAAUCGAGGACGCAGAAAAUUAGCUGUUAUCCUGGCUACAACAUUCUCCACUCUGGCUCUAACGCUGAUUAUUGCAACUGCCGUGUUCUGUGUGAACAAGAAGCUUGUGAGGAAAAGGAGAGAGAGGAAGCAACUAGGAGCUUUAUCACACAUUGUGAACAAGUCCAAGCUGAAUUUCUCAUAUGAAUCUCUUGAAAGGGCUACAAAUUACUUUCACGACUCCAAUAAACUGGGACAAGGAGGAUCUGGUUCUGUGUAUAAAGGAACUUUGCCUAAUGGGAAGGUAGUUGCAAUAAAGAGGCUCUUCUUUAAUACAAGGCAAUGGGUGGACCAUUUCUUCAAUGAAGUCAAUUUAAUCAGUAGCAUAUAUCACAAAAAUCUUGUAAAGCUGUUAGGAUGCAGCAUUACAGGCCCAGAAAGCCUUCUUGUGUAUGAAUACGUGCCAAAUCAGAGCCUUCAUGAUUACCUCUUCGUUAAAAAAGAUGCUGAGCCACUAAGAUGGGAGGCGCGAUUCAAAAUUGUACUGGGUACAGCUGAGGGCUUGGCCUAUCUGCAUGAGGAGUCAAAGCUGAGGAUCAUACAUAGAGACAUAAAACUUAGCAAUGUUUUGCUUGAUGAGGACCUCAUACCAAAAAUUGCUGAUUUUGGGCUUGCUAGACUUUUUCCAGAAGAUAAGACUCAUAUCAGCACCGCCGUUGCUGGCACAUUAGGUUACAUGGCUCCAGAGUACGUUGUUUGUGGCAAGUUGAGUGAGAAGGUCGAUGUUUAUAGCUUUGGUGUUCUUGUUAUUGAAGUUAUAUGUGGGAAGAGGAACAAGUUCUCUGAAGACUCGGUCUCUAUCCUACACAUGGUUUGGAAUCAUUAUGAAGUGGAUAAACUCUGUGAAGCUGUUGAUCCUAUUAUAGAGGAUAAUUUUCUAAAGGAGGCCUCUCGGUUGCUUAAAAUAGGACUACUCUGUGUACAAGCCUAUGCAGAAAUGCGACCAUCCAUGUCAACAGUUGUGCAAAUGCUUACUGAUGAUGCUCAUGAAAUUCCUCAGCCAACACAGCCUCCGUUCUUGAAUUCCAGUAGCACAGAAGUCAGCCAAAACAUUGCUUCUGAAACUUAUAAUUCUCAGCCUGAGUCUUACACCCAGUGUUCAGGGAAUAGCAUGGCACAAAGUAUGAUUGAGCCUAGAUGAAGUGCAUUUUUGUAAAAUGUCUUGCACAGGAUUCACAAAGAUGGACUUGUUAGGUUCUUCUACUCUUGACUUGGGCUCCUCUUGUCAGUUCCUGAUUCUUUGCGUCUCUGGUAGCAGUGUACAACUGGGAGGUGACAGAAUAAGAUGAAACAUUUCAAGUGACUCUGCACAGUUAGGAGGCAUAAAGUGAUGUAGAUAUCAUAUAAUACAAAAUGAUGUAGACCAAUUACCCUUGAAUGUUUGCCACUGUAAUGUAUACCAACUUUUUAACACUGACUAGGUCUGCAUUCUUCCUUAGAGCAGCAUGAUAUUAUUUGUAAUCAAAGAGAGAUUUUUGUAAAUACUGAAAUUAUACAAGACAGAUCUAAAUUUUGUUGAAUCAUGUACUCAUUGUGAUCACGGUAAUGAAGUUUUUGUUAGCUUUAAGA